CAUACAAAAUCUUAUACUACUACCUCAAUCCUCAAUCCUAAAAGUUUGUUUGCUGCAAGUUGAAAAAUGACAAAAAGAAUUAAGAGUUUGAAGCGAAGGGACGACGAAUUGGAAGGUUUAGUGUUGGGUGGAGUCAGUGAUGCUCACCGUUGAUGUUGCUGUGUGCUUCGCUUGCAAUAAUAAGUUAAUAACUACUUCAUUCCUCACUGUGUUGGCGUUUUUAUCCGAUUUUGCAAUACACGGACAUAACAAUAUAUGUCUUUUGCUAUUUACACUUCCCCCUUUCUACUAAGUACACUCCUCUUUCUUUAUUUUUGUUUAUAAAAUUACGUAAUUAGCCUCCUCUUUUUUUUCUCUCCCCAAAACAACUCUCGUCCUCCAUCCUACGCUACACUCUCUGCAGUGCUUUGACACUUUCCAGAAUUCCAUUAUUCUCGAAAUCUUCCAUUAAGUCAGCACCUUUGACUUGAUACAGGUUAGCAAAUAUGAGUGAAGAGUCUCAUUCUAAUGUAGAGGCUAUGGAUCUCUUACGUCAGUUUGAGGAUAUUCUUGAAUCUGAUGCUCUAAUUGACGAGCUGGGCUUCAUUCAUCCAUCCCAAUUUGCCUUGCUAAAGGAAGAAUCCUACAUUUCGUCUAAUUUAUCUGAUGAAGCUAUCCAUCAAUCAGCAGACGGGGUAGUGAUCUCUGAGGAAUCUUCCAAACAAGACAACCUAUAUUUCUGGAACAGAGAUCAUAAAUUGGGAAUUUCAACUCAUGUUCUUCUACCGUUAUAUAGAGCUGCUAAACACGUGUUUAUGACUACGUUAAAACAAUACAGGAUGUGUGACAAUCAAUCUGACAAAGUUGGAAUUUGCUUACCUGCUUCUUCUUCUUCUUGUGAUCAUCUUGAAAGUAUGCUUCUGAGACACAGCAAGUCUCUUCUGCUGCUAAGCUGUGACUUUUUGACAGCUUGGAAUUGCAGAAAGUUAAUAGUGUCCAAGAAGAAGCUCUCAAUGUUUGUAGAUGAACUUCUCCUGUCAGAACUUGUGCUCUCAUAUUCACCCAAAAGCGAACAAGCUUGGAAUCAUAGGCGGUGGGUGAUCAAGUCAAUCUCUGCAAACUGUUCAAAUUUCAAUGAGAUUUUGGGAAAAGAAUCUGAGCUGGUGGAAAAAAUAGCUGAGAGAUCAAAAAUGAAUUAUCGUGCAUGGAAUCACCGUUGCUGGUUAAUCUCAUACAUGACUAUCGAACAGGUUCUGUAUGAAUUAAAGAAAUCCAGAAGCUGGGCUGCACUGCAUGUUGCUGAUAAUUGUUGUUUUCAUUAUCGCAGACGUCUAUUACUGAAAUUUAUGGAGAACCAAAAUUCUGUGGAAGAAACUGUAUCUUAUGGUCAUAAUGCUGAUAUUGUCCAAGCCUUGAAGGAUGAACUUGAUUGGAAUGAAACAUUGAUAAAACGUUAUGUUGGAAGAGAGGCUCUAUGGCUUCAUCGUCGCUUCCUUUCCAUGUGGAUACUUGAUUCCGGUGAUGCAUCCUACCACUCCAAGGAGGCAAUCAGCAUGCAUCAUGACUUUGGCACCUUUCUGCAGAAUGAAUUAUGUCUUCUCCAUUCCUGCUCAACUUUUGUUGAUGAUUUUGUGGAUGUCCAAGCACAAGCUGCAUAUUCUGCUUGUUACAUACUGUGGUUAAAAGUGCAAAUCGCCAAGCCUCUGGAGAGUAAGCUCUUAGAGAAGAUAAAAGAUGUAGAUCUGAAGACCUUGUUGGAUAAGUCAUGCCCAGAGAGAUCCUCACUCUUCAAUUACUUUAUGAACUAGAUGGAAGCACAUGAGCUAUGUGGGAUAGAGAGAUCCUGUGAUGUGCACCUUUCUCUUUAGAGGGUUAAGUUCCAAGUUGUUAUAACUCCGCACAUGUAUUUGAAAAAUAAAUCCAUUUGAAAAAUAAAUCCAUUGAAACUUUCAUACUUGCCUAAAACAACUCAAUUGCACCUCAAAUACUCUAGUCAAGCUCUUAGAGACUCCUAUAUCUGUAAGGGUAAAAAAGGGAUUAUGCAAGCUAUAACUAACUCACAUACUUGGCAACAAGUGUGGGAAGCAUGGUGGUAAAGUUAGAGGCUGCAUGGGAUAUAAGGGAAAGGGCCGGGGGAUAGAGGUAGCCAAUCAUUUAGGUAGUUGUGGGUGGCUGUUACCACAGUGCAGAGAAGUUUUCCUUCUCUGAAUUCUUUCUUUCAUUAUCAAAAAAUUAAGUUUGUAACACCCUGAAAUUUCCUUCUUAAUUUAUUUUGCUACAUUGUGAUAGGCUAGACAAUGAAAAUUUGUACUGAGUAAUCCGUGCCUGUGUGAUUUAAUUAAUUUUCUAUAUAAUCUUAAAUAUAUAA